UUUCAGAGGCGCUGCGCCGAUGACACUAAUAGAUACUGGCGCACCGGCGACCAACAAUGCUUCCCCCGCCAGCGGUGCCACGGCUUGCGCUCUUGCCCCGGAGGUGAAGUACGUCUUGGGGAUAGACGUGGGCAGCACGGUGAUACGGUGCCGUGUGUACGACAAGGCGGCGGUACUCAAAGGAUUCAGUAGCAAACAGGUAGAGGUUCUUCAUCCUCAGCCUGGUUGGGUUGAAUUAGACCCUGAAAGUCUGUGGACACAGUUCAUUGAUGUGAUUAAAGAAGCAGUUCAAGUUGCAGGACUUAAAAUGAAUCAAAUCUUUGCUCUUGGACUUUCAACACAACGUGGAACUUUCAUUACAUGGAACAAAAAGACAGGGAAACCUUUUCAUAAUUUCAUAAGUUGGCAAGAUGUGAGAGCUUCUAACCUUGUUAAAUCCUGGAACAGAUGUUUUUUAAUGAAGGCAGUCCGUGGUAUUUCUUCUUUGCUGCACUUUUUCACUCGGAUUAAUAGACUUCUGGUACUCCGUUCUUUUAGUUUUACGACACAGCAUAUCUCUUUAAGACUGGCUUGGGUUUUACAGCAUUUAUCUGAGGUAGAACAAGCUGUUAAAGAUGGUAAUUGCUGUUUUGGAACAGUUGACACAUGGUUACUUUAUAAACUCACAAAAGGUGCAGUGUAUGCUACAGAUUAUUCAAAUGCCAGCUCCACUGGAUUUUUUGAUCCUUUUAAGCUGCAAUGGAGUGACCUUUUUAGCAAGUUACUUUCCAUUCCAAUAUCGCUUUUCCCCCCAAUAGAGGAUACUAGUCACAUUUUUGGAUCAGUUGAUGCUGAACUAUUUGGAGUGCCUAUUGCAAUAGCAGCUUUGGCAGCAGACCAGCAGGCAGCCAUGUUCGGACAGGGCUGUUUUGAUACAGGUGACAUAAAAAUCACCAUGGGGACUGGUACUUUUUGGGAUAUUAAUACUGGAAACAACAUUCAUGUAUCUAAGAAAGGCUUAUAUCCAUUGGUUGGUUGGAAAAUUGGGAACGAGAUAACCUACUUAGCUGAAGGCAAUGCUUCUGAUACUGGAAAUGCUAUCAAAUGGAUUCAGAGUUUAGAACUUUUUGACAAUGUUGAAGAGACAUCACAAAUGGCACAUAGCCUAAUAAGUUCAGGAGGAGUUUGUUUUGUUCCAUCUUUUAGUGGUUUGCAGAUACCUGUGAAUGAUCCUUAUGCAUGUACUUCUUUUAUGGGGAUCACACCUUGUACUACUAAAAACCAUCUUGUUCGAGCUGUGUUGGAAUCCAUAGCUUUCAGAAACAAACAGCUGUACGAUAUCAUUACAACAGAUUUGGGCAUUCCGUCUGUGUCCAUUCGAGCUGAUGGAGGCGUCAGUAAAAAUAGUUUUGUGAUGCAGAUGACUUCUGAUUUAAUCAAUAAAUCAAUAAACAAGCCUGACAGUACAGACAUGUCUUGUCUUGGAGCAGCUUUUCUAGCAGGCCUUGCUAUGGGAUUUUGGACUGACAAAGAACAUCUGAAGAAGUUGAGGCAAACUGACAUGGUUUUUAAGCCACAAAGGGAGCCAGAGGAGUAUGAACCUGCUAUGAGUAAUUGGAUAAAAGCUGUCUGCCGUUCUCUUUCUUGGUAUAGCCAGGCAUCUCAUUAAUUAAUAUUGUUUAUAUGUUGGACAAUAUAACUAGCAACUUUAUUUCUGCUUUAGACUUAAUUGUACUAAGAAGUUAUUGUUCUCGGACAAUAUUCAAGCAAUACAAAAAGUCUCCUGGAAUAGUAGUGAGCCCCAGGUAGUAGUCAAGAGACUCAGUGUCAGAGUGUAUUGUUCUAAGCGACAAUUAUUUAUAAUGGACAAACUUGAUUUUAUACAUGAGAUCAGUUUGCAGGAAUGUUCAGAUACCACCUUAGGAGAUUUCAUAUGGAAAAUCUAAAUCAAAAUUGUAUCACAAAAGUUAUUUCCGCCUAGAUAGGAACAUACCACAUACUUCUGUUUUCUAAUGUAAACCAUCUCCUUUUGGUAGAAAUACAUUUAUUGGCAUGAUGUCCUCUCACUCCAUGCCCAAAUGAAAGAGAUACAGAUGCAUCCAUGUAGGUAAAUUGGUUCUAAGAUUGGAGACUGUCUAAAGUGAAAAGUAGUAAAAGCUUUUUGUUAAAGAUUUCUUUGUGGUGAAAACCAGUAAGCUAAAAGUAAAACAUGAUCUAGAAAGCAACUAUUUACAAAUGAGGCUUCAGACAAUAGAAUACACAGACUAGUAAAUUAGCAUGUGAAUUGACUCACCUUUGCAAUGAUGGCCUCUUUUGUUAUUGUU